AUGGAGACCGCCAUGAGAGCCCACAAUGCUUCCUUUCCCAUCAACAUGCCGUCCAAGGCCCCGACCAGCGCAAACUACUAUCCCGUCUCCCGCAUCGCCGGCUCUCCCCCUGAGGUUUCAGAUGUCAGCACCACCACCGGCAGCGCCAGCGGAGAGUACGACUCUUCUCUCGGAUACUCGGGCGUCGACGUCAUCGACACGCUCAACGACCGCAUGAGCAACGUCUUCGAUCCAUCCCGUCUCGACAAGGGCAUUGCAAAGCAGACUCAACUGCAAAUUCAUGUUCUAACUUACUGCAGCUCCGGCCAACUCAACGCCAAACAACGAGAACUCCUUGAACUCCAGGCCAUCAUGCAACGCCGUGUCAAGGGCGCCAGAGCAAACUUCGCCGAUGGUAUCAAGGCCGCAAAGGAGACCAAGGCGGACCUGGAAUGGACCCAAAAACGUGUUGGUGCCAUGAAGGCAAAGGCCGAAUCCGCGCUUCCCACGGAAUACCGCUCUGCAUCAAGCAAAUACGCCUAUCCCGACGACUACUGA